UCCAUAUAUACGAGGAGGACACCAGGGAAUAACCUCAGUUUGCCAUUUGACGCCUACCCACCAACUACCAUGUCCGCCCUCGUCCUUGUUGAAAGCGAAGAACACUUUGCCAAGCUCAUUGACGCCGAGAACGUGACCGUCGUCAUGUUCAGCGCGCCGUGGUGCGGCAACUGCAAGCUCGUGCACUCGAAGCUCGUCAAGCUGGCCAAGGAGCUCACGGACGUGACGUUCGCCAAGUUCGACACGACGCAGUUCGAGGAGCUCGCGAUGGACCUCAACGUCUCGGCGCUCCCGACCUUCAAGAUCUACAAGUCGGGCGCGAUCCUCAAGGACUACACGGGGUCCAAGUGGGAAAAGAUUGACGAGCUUAUCCGCGCCGCCCUCAUCUAAGCGACAUGGACACACGUUUGCUAGUUUUUGCUAUAUAUAUCCACACCAACCCCAAAUGGGAUUCGAAACCU